AUGGGUCUCUUCUCCCGAAAACCUAAGACACCCAAGCCUAUAGCACCAGGAGGAGGAGCUGGGAAUGACACAGCGAGUUUGAACUCGGAAGGUUCCAACAUCAGAAGCUCAUCGGCAGGCAACUCACGAAUUCAUAUUCACAAUAUCAACCGUACUUCAGCUGGCAGCGUACCUCAAACACCUCUUACACCCAUGACGCCGCAUCUCAUGCCCAAAGUUAACCUACCAAAACCUCCCGACCCAUCUCUCGAUGCCGCCGGUUACCUGAGGAGUUUGGGCUCCGUCCGCGAGCGAUCCAAAGUGGUGACCGAUAAGGCCUUGCGCAAUGGCUUGAACCAUUUCGAUGUUGACCUAGCUAAGUUUCCCGACGUUGUUACAUUCCGAGAUUAUGACCCGCCGUUUUCAUCGAUUCCGCCCCACGGCCGAUAUCAACAUUUUUGUGUUGGUGGACGGGAUCGCAUCGCCAACCUACUCGCCACCUUCCCACAAAAUGUCGAUAGUUCCGAGAAAUGUCGAAGUCUAGUGGACUUGUUCCUUGUCAGCGUCUUACUCGACGCUGGCGCAGGUACCAGUUGGAGUUUCAAGAGCGCCGAAAAUGGUCGCGUCUACAGGAGGUCUGAAGGAUUAGCCAUUGCGAGCUUAGAGAUGUUCAAAACGGGACUUUUCUCUGGAAAUCCAAGCAACAAAUUCCAGGUAGACAAGGACGGAUUACGGAAACUUACCGUCGAGCAAUUAGCAAAAGGCAUGCAGUCGCAUCCUGGGAACGAAGUCGCCGGUCUGGAAGGCAGAGCCCAACUCUUAAUUCGACUAGGAGAUGCUUUAGAAAGCAAACCAGAGUUCUUUGGCGAUGAUGGCAGACCAGGAAACAUGAUUGAUUACCUCCUCGCGCAUCCGACGACACAAGCUUCUUCAACUCCUAUCGUGGUUCUACCGGUACUAUGGAACGUACUCAUGUCUGGGCUUGGCCCUAUUUGGCCACCAUCGCGAACGGCUAUUGACGGCAUCUCCCUCGGCGACGCAUGGCCUUGCUCCUCGAUGCCACAGCAGGCCCCUCCAACUUCUCCUGGCCUCUCCCCUUUCCCUAAUUCACAAGCUGGGUCAGGUGCUGCAGCUUGGGAAUCCAUACUACCAUUCCACAAGCUAACACAAUGGCUCACGUAUUCAGUAAUGCAACCCAUGCAAAAUCUCUUGAAGAUUCACUUUGCCGGUACGGAGUUGUUGACGGGAUUGCCCGAGUACAGAAACGGAGGCUUGUUUAUUGACCUUGGCGUAUUAACGCUUAAGCAUGACGACCUCGAGCGCGGUUUACAAAACUACAAUGACUACUGCCGACGGACGAGUACCAAGGGCGUCGAGGUAGCGCCCAUGUUCGAACCGAGCGACGAUGUAAUUGUCGAAUGGCGAGGUGUCACUGUAGGAUUCCUUGACAAGCUUCUAGUCGAGGUUAAUAAGGCCCUUAAGAGGGAACUCAAUGGUGGUGAGCUCACGUUAGCACAAUUACUCGAGGCAGGAAGCUGGAAGGGAGGUCGUGAAAUCGCAGAGGUCAGCAGGCCGAAUACAAAAGAACCACCAAUCUUAAUUGAUUCGGAUGGGACCGUAUUCUAA